AUGGCACCGCUCAAGAAGGCACCCAAGAGCAUUAAAUUAAAAUCUUUGGUUCGCCGUCGUAGUAACAUUAUCGGUGCUGCCCAACUGAUAAAACGCUUUGAUGAUGACUUUAUUGAAGAACAAAGAGGGCAAUUGCCUGUUAGAAUUGAACGACUCGAAGAGUUAUUUCGCGAAUUCGAGCACAUUCAAGACGAAAUAGAAGAUUUGGAGGAUGAAUUAGAAGAAUUUUGUGAUCAGCGUCGAGAAUUGCAUAAUCUAUAUUACGAGUUGAAGUCAUCAUUGCAAUCCAAAUUAUCUUCCGGACAAUUCGCACAUAACCCUACUUCUAACAAUCAAACCGAUUCAGCACCACCUAUAGCAAAUGUUCGACUUCCAGAAAUAAGAUUGUCGGAAUUUUCUGGUGAAUUUGGAAAAUGGGAAGCUUUUCGUGAUCUUUUUACGUCGCUUAUUCACAACAACAGUUCCCUGCCAGCAGUGCAGAAAAUGCAUUACCUACGUGGUGCCCUAACUGGCGAAGCAUCGCGCAUUAUAUCGUCCUUGGAAAUUUCGUCUGUGAAUUAUACUAUUGCAUGGAAGCUGUUGAAGGAACGAUUCGAAAAUUCUAACUUUUUGAUUAAAAAUCAUAUGGCAGGCCUUCUUUCUGCAACACCACUUAAGAAGGAAUCAUCAUCUGGGCUUUCGGAACUGGCUGAUGAGUUUGAUCGCCAUGUUCAGUUAUUAGAUAAACUUGAAAAUCCUGAAAAUCACUGGAACUCUUUUUUGGUUGAACGUCUGAGCCAAUGUCUUGAUCCAGCUUCUUUGCGUGAAUGGGAAACUACUAAUUCGACUACGGUUCGACCCACUUAUAAACAGCUUCUGGAGUUUAUUCAUAAAAGAUCACGUCUUAUUCAAACUCUAAUGCUCUCCCAAAAUAAUCCUUCCCACUCCGAACCACCAAAACCAAGUAAGUCGCGCCUCACCACAGCCCACGUUGCCUCUGAUAACAUCCCAAGGUGUGUUUGCUGCAAAAGGGCACACUUUUUAUUCCAAUGUUCCCAAUUUACAAAUGACUUCACACCUCGUCAACGCUUUGAGAUGGUGAAGAAAAAUGGGCUAUGCAUCAAUUGCAUGAAGGGAACUCACCUCGCGAAGGAUUGCUCCAGUGGGUCUUGUAAAACCUGCUCUAAAAAACACCACACUCUGCUGCACCUACCUCCAUUCACACCACACGGGCAGCAGACCUCGCAAAGGGCAGCAAUCCCUUCGCAAAGCUGCUUAUCGCAGCUCGAGUCGUCGGCCGGUAGCUCAGCGCUUGAGCAGUCACACGCUUCACCACCCGCGAACUCGUCGCCCGCUUCUGAUUCGAUUCCUCCCACUUCGUCGCGUUUAACGUUAAAUUCAGAUUCACUACCUCCCACUACCGCCUGUCAAAGUGCUUAA